AUGAAUUCCUCAGACUUUCUUUCACUCCAGGCAUUGUCUUGCCUCUUGUUAUUGCUAAUUGGAAUAAGCAAUGCGGAGUUAAAAAGUGAAGAAUACCAAACAUACAUCGUCCACAUGGACAGCUCUCACAAGCCUGCCACAUUCUUAACCCACGAAUCAUGGCACCGGUUCACGCUCAGAUCUUUAUCAAAUCCAGCCGAUGGCGAAGGAACCUUUUUGUACUCCUACAGUCAUGUCAUGCAGGGGUUUAGUGCCAGGCUCACACCUUCUCAGUUGGCUGAAAUCGAGAAAUCCCCAGCUCACAUUGGCACAUAUAGAGAGUCAUUUGGGAAGCUAUUCACCACCCACAGCCCCAAGUUUCUAGGAUUGAGACAAAACUCUGGAAUAUUGCCCACUGCAUCUCGUGGUGAAGGAGUGAUCAUUGGGAUCAUUGAUACAGGAAUUUGGCCAGAGAGUGAAAGUUUUCAUGACAAAGGCAUGCCACCAGUUCCUCAGAGAUGGAAGGGCAAGUGUGAGAAUGGCACAGCAUUUAGCCCUUCUGCCUGUAACAGGAAGCUCAUUGGCGCUCGAUCUUUCAGCAAAGGACUCAUAGCUGCAGGAAGAAAAAUUUCUACAGAGUAUGACUAUGACUCCGCGAGAGACUUCUUUGGUCAUGGAACACACACAUCAUCCACCGCGGCUGGUAGCUGUGUUCUUGGUGCAAAUCACUUUGGAUAUGCAAGAGGCACAGCCAGAGGAGUAGCACCUGCCGCACAUGUUGCCAUGUACAAGGUACUCUUUGCAACAGAUACUGAAGAGAGUGCAGCAACUGAUGUACUGGCUGGAAUGGACCAAGCUAUUGCUGAUGAGGUUGACAUUAUGUCAUUGUCUCUGGGUUUUACGCAAACACCAUACUUCAAUGAUGUUAUUGCCAUAGCUUCACUUUCAGCAAUGGAGAAAAACAUUUUUGUUGUAUGUGCAGCUGGGAAUGAUGGAGCCUAUAAUUCCACGUACAAUGGUGCACCCUGGAUCACAACAGUCGGAGCUGGCACACUUGAUCGGAGUUUCACUGCUACAAUGACUCUAGAAAAUGGGUUGACAUUUGAAGGAACAUCUUACUUUCCACAGAGCAUUUACAUCGAAGAUGUUCCAUUAUAUUAUGGCAAAAGUAACGGGUCCAAAUCAAUAUGCAACUACGGAGCAUUGAAUAGAAGUGAGGUUCAUCGAAAGAUAGUACUCUGUGAUAAUAGCACCACCAUAGAUGUUGAAGGGCAAAAGGAGGAGCUUGAAAGGGUAGGUGCAUACGCUGGAAUAUUCAUGACAGAUUUUUCACUUUUAGAUCCAGAAGACUACAGCAUUCCCAGCAUAGUUCUACCAACUGUUUCUGGGGCUUUGGUUAGAGAGUAUGUGGCUAACGUGACUGCAGCAAAGGUGAAGAGCAUGGCAUUUUUGUCCACUAAUUUGGGUGUCAAACCGGCACCUCAAGUGGCUUAUUUUUCUUCAAGAGGCCCAGAUCCAAUCACCCCAGGUGUCCUAAAACCAGAUAUUCUUGCUCCAGGAGUUGACGUGCUUGCAGCAAUUGCACCAAACAAGCCUUUCAUGGAAUUAGGGAAAUAUGAUUUGACAACAGAUUAUGCUUUAUACUCGGGCACAUCAAUGUCAGCACCACAUGUUGCAGGAGUAGCAGCUUUACUAAAAAAUAUUCAUCCUGAAUGGAACCCUGCAGCCAUCCGAUCAGCUCUUAUGACCACGGCAUAUACCAAAGACAACACUCGCACUACCAUGAAAAACCAGAUGAUAAAUCUUCCAGCUACACCUUUGGACUUUGGUGCUGGACACAUCAAUCCAAACAAAGCUAUGGACCCUGGACUUAUCUAUGACAUGAAUGUUCAAGAUUAUGUCAACUUCUUAUGUGGCCUUGGCUAUACUGCAAAGCAGAUGAGUGCUGUUCUCAGACGUAAUCAAUGGAGCUGCAGUCAAGAACCAACGGACCUGAAUUAUCCUUCCAUUACAGCCAUAUUUACCAACAAAACCAGCUCUCCAACAACAAAGACAUUUAGCAGGGUUGUGACGAAUGUGGGAGAUGAUGACAGUGUUUACCAAGCAACUAUAGAAAUUCCUAAAGAGAUGAGAAUCAAGGUAGAGCCAAGAACCCUGUCAUUCACAAAGAAAAACCAAAAGCAAGGUUUUGUCAUCAGUAUCGACAUUGAUGAGGAUGCUCCAACCGUGACGUAUGGCUAUCUCAAAUGGAUCGAUCAACAUAAUCACACAGUAUCCAGCCCAGUAGUGGCUAUCAAAUUCUAAGCUCUAACAUUUGUCCAUGCAC